AGCACAACUCUACAGGACACCGGCUCUGAUGUAGCUUAGCUAAGGGUCCUCACAGCUACAGCGAUUCAUUUCAACAUGGCAGCGAACAGCAGCGGGGGAAAAAGUGGAGGAAAGCAGGCUACACCCUCUCCGGAGCAGGUGGUGGCAACAUUCCAGAGGAUGCGGCAGGAGCAGCGCAGUAUGGCUGCAAAGUCUGCUGAGCUGGAGAUGGAGAUCAAUGAACACAGCCUGGUUAUCGACACCCUGAAGGAAGUAGACCCCACACGGAAGUGCUAUCGCCUAGUUGGAGGUGUGCUUGUGGAGAGGACGGUUAAAGAAGUUCUGCCUGCAUUGGAAAACAAUAAAGAACAGAUAUCAAAGAUUGUCGAGACGCUCAAUACACAGAUGCAGACAAAAGGACGAGAACUGACAGAAUACCGGGAACGUUACAACAUUAGGCUGGUUAGCGAAGACGACAGACAGGGCAAAGGCAACACCAGUCAAUCCAAAGAGAGUGAAGGAGCCGGGUCUAAGAGUGGAGCUGGAGUACUUGUGUCCUAGUAUGUUUAGUUGUUAGCUGGUAUAGAAUUGUUCUGAAUGGCAUUUGAGUUUAAGAGAGCCUGAAUAUUGUGGAAAUACACAAUUUUUCAAGUGAAUUUUGUAUAUUCCAAACAUUGCGAAGUCAAAAGUCCCUUGAGUUACACCUAACAAGACAGCACACCACAGCUGACCUGGCUUUUUUUUUUUUUUUUUCGUCUUCCAGAAUUAUACAGUUGUCAUGAAAAUUUAAACACUGAGUAGAGGAAUCCUCUAAAUCCUUGUUUUUUAGAAAUACUUUCAGUCGGUCACAGGAUAAACGCAAAGUCCAUGUUGCUUAAGCACACCUAAAAUAUGACUGCAACAUGGUGUUAUAUAGAUACCAGUGCUGACUAAGAAAUUGCCUUUCAUAUUCUAAUGAAUGUUGCAUAGAUUAAAGCUGUUUUCUUGCUUUGAGGCAAUUGAUACUCUCAAAUGGGCACUUGUGGUCAGUAAGUAAAAGAUAAAGAAUCCACUGCUCUAAUAUAAUAUGCCAUGGAGCUAAAGGUUUACAAUAUCACUGUUUGUAUGUGACUGUACAUGGAGCUCUGUGUCCAUGUCAGGAGGCAUAUUUUCUCUAAGGCUUUUGAGGCUUCAUUUUGACUUUCUUUUGCUGCUAAAGUAAAGAAUACAAUAGUUUAGGUAAUGUUGCCUUGGUCAGGGGUAGGACAGAAGAUUUUCAAUGACCAGUCUACACUUGAUUGGACUCUCAAAGUGGCGCACAGCUCUACUUCCUCACUUGUUAAAACUGUACUUGUGUCAAAGAAGCCUUUUGUUUUCUAUUUUCUGUUGUUUUGGUUAAUGAAUAAAAAAAAUACAAGCAAA